UUCCAUCUUUCUGUCACACUGACCUACAAUCGUCCCAGGCCAGAACGUCUACCAGCCACACACCACCGACCUUGAAGUCAAGAGGGCCCCUAGUGAAGACGAGAUGGGAGACAUGGCUAACAGCUCAGUGGAUUUCUAUCCCAAGAACCAGCGACAAGAGCUGAACCAUGCUGGCGGCUUUGGCUGCACCCUGCCGGAGCUGCGCUCUCUCAUGGAGCUGCGGGGAGCGGAGGCUCUUCAGAAAGUCCAGGAGACUUACGGGGACGUCAACGGCCUCUGCCGAAGGUUAAAGACCUCGCCCACCGAAGGUCUGUCAGACAACGUAGCGGAUUUGGAAAAGCGAAGGCAGAUCUACGGACAGAACUUCAUCCCUCCCAAACAGCCCAAAACGUUCCUGCAGUUAGUUUGGGAAGCUCUCCAGGAUGUGACGCUCAUCAUAUUGGAAAUCGCGGCCAUCAUAUCCCUGGGUCUUUCAUUUUAUGCGCCACCGGGAGAGGAGAGUGAAGCCUGUGGAAAUGUAGCAGCUGGAGCAGAAGAUGAAGGAGAGUCAGAAGCUGGCUGGAUUGAGGGAGCUGCCAUCUUGCUGUCAGUCAUUUGUGUCGUGUUGGUGACGGCCUUCAAUGACUGGAGUAAGGAGAAGCAAUUUCGGGGCCUGCAGAGCCGGAUUGAGCAGGAGCAGAAGUUCACAGUCAUCCGGAAUGGACAAGUCAUUCAGAUCCCAGUAGCAGAGCUCGUUGUGGGAGACAUCGCCCAAAUCAAAUACGGGGACUUGCUGCCCGCAGAUGGAGUUCUGAUCCAGGGGAAUGACCUCAAAAUUGAUGAAAGUUCAUUAACAGGAGAAUCAGACCACGUGCGCAAGUCAGUGGAGAAGGAUCCAAUGUUACUCUCUGGCACCCACGUCAUGGAAGGAUCGGGGAGAAUGGUGGUCUCUGCUGUUGGUGUAAACUCCCAGACAGGAAUUAUCUUUACCCUGCUCGGAGCCGGCGGUGAGGAAGAGGAGAAAAAGGAUAAGAAAGGAAAGCAGCAGGAUGGGGCUGUGGAGAAUAAUCAGAACAAAGCGAAAAAGCAAGAUGGGGCAGUAGCCAUGGAGAUGCAGCCCCUGAAGAGUGCAGAGGGAGGAGAGAUGGAGGAGCGGGAGAAGAAGAAAGCCAGUGUGCCCAAAAAGGAGAAAUCAGUGCUGCAAGGGAAACUCACUAAGCUGGCCGUGCAAAUCGGGAAAGCAGGUUUGGUGAUGUCUGCCAUCACCGUAAUCAUCUUGGUCCUCUACUUUGUGAUUGAGACCUUCGUGAUCCAGGGCCGAGUCUGGCUGGCGGAAUGCACCCCCGUCUACGUGCAGUACUUUGUGAAGUUCUUCAUCAUCGGGGUCACUGUCCUGGUCGUGGCCGUGCCCGAAGGCCUGCCCCUUGCUGUCACCAUCUCCUUAGCUUACUCGGUCAAGAAAAUGAUGAAGGAUAAUAACUUGGUUCGGCACCUGGACGCCUGUGAGACCAUGGGCAACGCCACUGCCAUCUGCUCUGACAAAACGGGCACUCUCACCACCAAUCGCAUGACGGUAGUCCAGUCCUACGUGGGGGACACACACUACAGAGAGAUCCCUGACCCUGCAAGUCUGACCCCAAAAACCUUGGACCUUCUUGUCCAUGCCAUCUCCAUCAACAGUGCCUACACCACCAAGAUACUACCUCCAGAGAAGGAAGGAGCCCUUCCACGCCAAGUAGGCAAUAAAACUGAGUGCGCCUUGCUUGGGUUUGUCCUGGACCUGAAGCGGGACUUCCAGCCGGUGCGAGACCAGAUCCCAGAGGAGAAGCUUUACAAGGUGUACACCUUCAACUCCGUCCGGAAGUCCAUGAGCACGGUCACCUGCAUGCCCGACGGAGGCUUCCGGUUAUUCAGCAAAGGAGCAUCUGAAAUCCUUCUCAAAAAGUGUACGAACAUCUUAAAUAGCAGCGGUGAGCUCCGGGGCUUCCGCCCCCGCGACAGGGAUGAGAUGGUCAAGAAGGUCAUCGAGCCAAUGGCCUGUGACGGAUUGCGGACCAUCUGCAUCGCCUACCGGGACUUCUCUGCUGGGCAGGAGCCAGAGUGGGACAACGAAAACGAGAUCGUCGGAGACCUGACCUGCAUCGCUGUGGUGGGCAUCGAAGACCCCGUCCGGCCCGAGGUUCCUGAAGCCAUUCGCAAGUGCCAACGCGCUGGCAUUACCGUCCGCAUGGUGACGGGAGAUAACAUCAACACUGCCCGGGCCAUUGCAGCCAAGUGCGGCAUCAUCCAACCUGGGGAGGACUUCCUGUGCCUGGAAGGGAAGGAAUUCAACCGGAGAAUCCGAAACGAGAAAGGAGAGAUAGAACAGGAGCGCCUGGAUAAAAUCUGGCCAAAGCUGAGAGUUCUAGCUCGCUCUUCUCCAACCGACAAACACACACUGGUCAAAGGAAUCAUCGACAGCACCAUUGGAGAGCAGAGACAAGUGGUGGCCGUGACCGGGGACGGAACCAACGACGGACCGGCCCUGAAAAAGGCUGACGUUGGCUUUGCUAUGGGGAUAGCUGGGACGGAUGUAGCCAAAGAGGCUUCGGACAUCAUCCUGACAGAUGACAACUUCUCCAGCAUCGUCAAGGCGGUGAUGUGGGGUCGCAACGUAUACGACAGCAUCUCUAAAUUCCUGCAGUUUCAGCUGACGGUCAAUGUCGUGGCAGUGAUUGUGGCCUUUACAGGUGCCUGCAUCACUCAGGACUCUCCUCUCAAAGCCGUCCAGAUGCUCUGGGUGAAUCUGAUCAUGGAUACGUUCGCUUCUCUGGCUCUGGCAACAGAACCACCCACCGAGUCUCUCCUCCUGCGCAAGCCGUAUGGUCGCAACAAGCCCCUCAUCUCGAGAACCAUGAUGAAGAACAUUCUGGGACACGCGGUCUACCAACUCACCAUCAUUUUCACCUUGCUUUUUGUUGGUGAAAUCUUUUUUGACAUUGACAGUGGCCGAAAUGCUCCUCUGCACUCUCCUCCCUCCGAACACUACACCAUCAUCUUCAACACUUUCGUCAUGAUGCAGCUAUUCAAUGAAAUCAAUGCGCGGAAAAUCCACGGGGAAAGGAACGUCUUUGAUGGCAUCUUUGGCAAUCCCAUCUUCUGUACCAUUGUACUGGGAACGUUUGGUGUUCAGAUCGUGAUUGUGCAGUUUGGUGGCAAGCCCUUCAGCUGUUCACCUCUGACCACAGAACAGUGGCUCUGGUGCCUGUUUGUGGGCGUGGGGGAGCUGGUCUGGGGACAGGUUAUCGCCACCAUUCCCACUAGCCAAUUAAAAUGUUUAAAGGAGGCGGGGCACGGGCCCGGAAAGGACGAAAUAACCGAUGAAGAGAUGGCUGAGGACGAAGAAGAGAUUGACCAUGCCGAGAGAGAGCUCCGACGUGGCCAGAUCCUCUGGUUCCGCGGCCUCAAUCGGAUCCAGACUCAGAUGGAGGUAGUGAGUACCUUCAAGAGAAGCGGUUCAUUUCAGGGUGCCGUGCGCCGACGUUCCUCGGUCCUCAGCCAACUCCAUGACGUAACCAAUAUUUCUACCCCCACUCACAUCCGGGUGGUGAAAGCAUUCCGUAGUUCUCUCUAUGAAGGGCUGGAGAAACCGGAAUCCAAGACCUCCAUCCACAACUUCAUGACGACGCCUGAGUUUCUGAUCAAUGACUACAUCCACAACAUCCCUCUCAUUGAUGAUACAGAUGUGGAAGAGAAUGAAGAGCCUCCAGGCAAGGGCCUCCGGGCCAGCCCGCCCCAUUCCCCCAACAAAAACAACAAUGCCAUAGACAGUGGCAUCUACUUGACCACAGAUGCCAGCAAGUCAGCUACCUCUUCUAGUCCAGGAAGCCCAAUCCACAGCAUGGAGACGUCACUCUAACCAGAACUUCUCUCUCAAGCACACGCUCAUAGAAACAAAUACCGACGCCCAACCCCACAAACAACAGCAAAAUGCAAAUAUGUAUACACAGACAUACACACACAAAACACAGAGAGAGAGAGAAGCCAAUGCACAAGAGAGGAAAACAACAGAGAUCUCUGAGACUAUUUUUUUUUGCAGAUGGUUUGCAAAAAGAAGAAUAAAUUAAACAAAUAAGGAUCGUGUGGCAGAUGUUUGUUUAUCCAGGACAUGAGGAAUAGCUUAUUACACAAAAGGGGAGAGAGAAAAAAAAAACUAGAGAGGGGAAGGGGUUUUUUCCCCUAUUGAUUUUUUUGUUGCUAAUGAUUACAAAAAUGAACUCCUAAAUUCCACCAUCUGUUGGGGGCUUGGACUCUGAGCUGGGGUGGGUUUUUUUUAAUGCACGGGGGAAGAAAGACAAAAAUGUACUCAUAAAGGAAAACAAAAAAAAAGAAGAGACUUCGGCGGUUUGGGCUGAGCUCAAACCAAGGAAAAUGCUGUACAGAGAUAACAUGCAUUUAUUGAUUUUUUUUUCCUUUCUCUUCAGUCCAGCAAAGAGCUCACAUGCGUGAGCCACUCAAAUAUAUUUGCACCAAAAAAAAUUUAAAAAAACAAAAAAAAUCUUCACAGCUAUAUUAUAAAUAUAUAUAAGAAACAAAACAAGUAUUAAGAAUAGGAAACUGAUUCUUGGCAUGAUUUUUCAGUUCCUUUUUCCAGGCACUUUUAUUUUUAAAUUGCAUUUUUGAUUGUAGCAGGUAUUUUUUCAGGGAAAUAGUUUGCAAAAAUAACUUUUCGGUUCCAAAAUUUUGCUCCCUUUCCCUUUGUUCCAUCUCUCCUUCCCAACCACCUUAACUUCCUGGCCCCUGCAUUUAUCCCUCUUCCCCUAGAGUUAAGUUCCUGGAAAUAUUUUUUGAUGAAAAGUCAUAAUCCUAAGGGGAAAAUAAAUGAAGGGGAGGGGAAGAAAGGGCUUGAGCAGGAGCUAGGAAAGGGUUGGAAUAAGAUUAUUUGCACUUCAAGAGAUAUGACUGCACACUUGUGGCGUGAGGGAAGCUAUGUUAAAGCUCAUUAUUAAAAAGACUGUAAGAAAGUGUCUAAUCCGAAAGAUGUCAUUCAGUAGGUGGAAGCUGAAUUAUUCUUUUACAUUUCACUUUGUUGGCUCAUCCUGACUCCGGUCCACAAGCCGGAUGUUGCUAUUUCUCUAUCCUCCUCCCCAAUCUAAAGAAAUGGGAUGCCAAAAGCUCCAUAAAAGUUGCCAAUCCCUGAUUAUCGUAGAAGUCCUGAUAAUAAUAAUAAUCGUGAUAUUUGUUAAGCACUUACUAUGUGCCAGGCACUGUACUAAGCGCGGGGAUGGAUACAAGCGAAUCGGCCCUGUCCCCUCUCGGGGCUCACGGGCCUUAAUCCCCAUUUUACAGAUGAGUUAACCAGGGCACAGAGAAGCUGUGAUUUGUCCAAGGUCACACAGCAGACAAGUGGUGAAGCCGGGAUCGAUCUCUGGCACUGGAAUUUACAACAGAUUGAAUUAUCAUAGCACAUUCCCAUUGGAAGCUGACCUUGGUAUGCCACUCUAAGCUUCUUCAAAAAGAACUUCUUUAAGGAGGGGAGGGAGGAGAGAGGAACCAUUAAAUCGUUGCCUCUAGAUGGCACGGAGCCAACACGGUCAUUCAUUCUUAACUGCACACGCCGCCGUAUAUGCUUGCUCGUCACAGUCCCCCAGGGUUAGACCUCAAAGGAACUGGAAUAAAGGUGCUAACAGUGAAAAAUAAUACGCUUGAGUAAAGCUAUGCCACGUUCAGUAAAGGAGAAAGUUGGAGCAAAAGGGGCACAAUGCCAGUGAGAACCAGCGCUUAGUUUUAUUCGGUAGAUAAUUAGCCCUCUCUCUUACCUGUCUGGUCUCCUCCAAAGCUCGGAAGAAAUCAUUCCCUCUGCUACAGGAAGGUUUUAGAUUUAACACUGGAAAAGCAUGGAUCUUGUGAACGGCACUUUACCUGGAGGCUACCGACAAGGUUUGGACCCGAUCUAUUUUUCUUGCUCAGCCCAUGAAAUACGCCAAAAUUAGCGUCAACAGAGCAACGGUGGAAACGUGUCAGAUUAAUAUCCACGAUCAAAUGGGACACGUCCAAAAUCUCUUCCGAUCUUCCACCUUCUGGCUCAAUGAGGAGGUAUAAAGAGAAAAGUAGGAAAAUAUAGCUAUUUUAACCUUCAUUUAUUUCAGCUUGUGAUAACGUUGAGAGAGACAAUUGCAUAAACAAAGCCAUCUGGAGGAAUCGAAUUAUGUCCUUGUUAGAAUAACGCUCUGUCUCCCGGGCACUGGUUGGGGGGUAGGAAACCCCUUCAAUUAUGCAAAAACAACUUCGUUACUUACGCGACAAAAAAACGUAAAAUGUUUUAACGGAUCCGUACGUGUACCACCAUUUUAAACAGCUCAUCGACGUGGAAGAGUUCUUCUAGCAUAUUGCCGCCCUACCUGGUGUUGUCAUUCUCGCCAUCUGUGGGCAUAGAAUUUUUCCACAUCCGAUUUGAAGUCAUGCAUGAUCCCACACAAUUUAGGGGCACUUUAAAUAACCUCAUGAACCCCUUGUCACCAUUUUUCAGCUGUAAACACUUUGUAUUUUCACUCAAUAUUAGGUUGAACCCUUAAGGAGAUGGAAACAUUUUCCAAGAGUGUACAGUUCUGUGCAUAUUCUGCCAAGGGGAGUCAGGGCAAGCCUAGAUCUAACAUUGCAACCCGAGAAAAUCGAGAGAAUAAACAAACCAUUUUGUGGUCGUCCAAAGGUAUAAACCUCUGACGACCAGAGACUCAUACGAUUCUUUAAGGCAUGAUUUCAAGAACACGACAACUACUUUUUAAACCAAUAGGAGGCACAGCAAAGAGAACUGUUCUUUCUCAACUGCGCAAGAGGAUCGAUAGCUUCAUCUGUUAGCAACCUCGCUUCCUUCGCAUUGGUUGGUACUUUUUAAUUGAGAUUACUCCAUGUUUUAUCUGCUGAAAGAUCCAUCUCUUUGUAGCUGGGGCUAGACAGUGGCCUGGAGGAGGCUGAGGUGGCCGGGGGUCGGCGGGGCUGGGGGGAGAAUGGCAGUGGAAAAAACUUAUAUUGUGAAACUCGUAGUUGUCGAAGACAGCGGGAGACUGGCCUAACGGGCGUGCCUAGAAAUAUAUUUUUAACCUGCCAGGCGAGAGAGCACACCACUCCCACGCCAGCUCUCUAUCAUCUUCACAAAUGGUGCAGCAUUCACACAAAACAAGUGCCAUGCAAAUGCCACAGAGGAGUUGUUGCGUUUAUCUUGCUCUGUCCCGAUAGGCUUCUCGGCUGGUGUCCGCCUGCAUGGAAGACAAGACUAAAGCGCUCCAGUCCCCAUCGUGCCAUUGUGUCACAACAGAGAAAAAAAAAGAAAAAAGAAAAAAAAAGGAUUCAAAUCUGUCUCUGAAAAAAAAUUCUGUUUAAAUAAGAUCCCACUUUAAAAUACCAGCUACAGAUAAUUUAAAGCCAUCCCUUUUUUCUAAAGGGCACAUUGAGAAUGUUACCCAUUUGUAAAUCGUUUCUUGCUGUCCUUGUUUUCAAAAACAGAAAAAGGCAACUCAAUUUGUUGAGCAUCUGCGUGUUCUUAAAAAUGAAAUAAAAUUCUAAGUGUUUAAUUUUAAGAUGAUCAAACGUGUAAUACUACAUUCGCAGGCUUCUUUUCAUUCAAUAUUGUAGAUAUAUUGAUAGAACAAAGGAUAAAAUAUAUAUUUAAAAAAACAAAAAAAACUUCACUGCUGCUGUAUAAAGUCGCCAAAUGUAAGCAUCAA